UCUCUGCCAGGGUGACGUGAUAUCAAGCUGUCAAGCAAGGUGAAGGUGAACGUCCGACGACUGACCGCGCCACGGUUUUGCGGUGUAUGAAAUUUCUUCUACUCAUUUCACCGGAUCUGAGGUAAACACAGACGAAAAUGGGCUUCAUAUUCAGUUUUAUAAAAAAAAUUAUAAAACUUGUUUUGUUUUUAGCCAUAUUUGUUGGUAUCAUUGUUUUGAUACCCAAUUUACCACCAUACACCAAGUUUACAAGUAUUGAGCUUGCACCCACUCAGCCCAGAAUUGGUCCUUUAGCACCCAAUGGGGCUUUAAAUAACGCUCAAAGAAUACAUGUGGGCAAAGUUCUAGGGCCAGAGGCCUUCCAAGUAGCAAAUGGGGAAUUAUUCACUAGUCUGGCAAGUGGAGAGAUUGUCAAACUGUCUCCUGGUGGUCAUGUCACAUUUGUGACCAAAGUAGGACAACCAUGCACUGGAUUGUCACAAGAGCACAUAUGCGGAAGACCACUUGGAUUUCAAAUUGAUGCUAACAAAAAUACACUAUAUCUUGCUGACGCAUAUCAUGGUAUUUGGAAGACCGAUCUUAAGACUGACAAGAAGCAACUUUUGGUGUCCCCUCGAGUUGCAAUUAAUGGCCGUGUGCCCAGAUUCUUUAACCACAUUGCAUUGGCCAAAAAUGGAGACUUCUACUGGACUGACUCUAGCAGUGACUUCAGCAUAAAAGAUGGUGCCAUAUCUUUGCUUACUGAUCCCUCUGGGAGACUUUUCUACUACAACGCGGCCAAGAAUGAAAGUAAAGUGCUCCUCGACGACCUUUGGUUUGCCAACGGCGUGGCUAUAUCCCCCGACAACCAGUUCGUGGUUGUAGCAGAGACCAACAGAUACAGGCUUAUGAAGUACUACAUUGACGGCCCCAAGAAAGGAAAGAGUGAAGUGUUCGUCGAAGGCUUACCAGGUGUUCCGGACAACGUACGCGCGCUCCCUGAUGGCUCCGGUAUCCUGGUGGGCCUGUACACGGUCUUCGAUGACGAGCACCCUCUCCUUACGCGUUCCAUGUCGGAGGCCCCCGUCGCUAGGAAGUUCUUGGCGCGCCUGCAGACUCUGAUCGAACUGCCGUUCGCAUAUCUCAACACUGUGUAUCCGCACUUCUUGUUCGAGGAUGUUGAAUAUUACAUCGGGCACUUCAAGAGCGUGUCUGGCAUUGUGCCUCCAAUGGCUGGUUUAGUACAAAUAGACUGGAACGGAAAAAUCGUCGCAUCCUACCUCAACACCGACAAGAGCUUGAGCACAAUCAGUGACGCCAUUGUCUACAACAACAAACUGUAUAUAGGCAGUCCUCAUGCGAAUUACAUUGGUGUCGUACCAACCCCGCCGCUGCUGCAGAAAGCCUUCGCUUCCACGGCCAAACCCAAAGUAGAAGAGAAAAAAGAAGCUCCGAAAGUGGUUAAACCGGUAGAGGCUCCCAAACCGACCACCACUACCACACCUAAACCUACAACAACUACACCAAAACCUACUACUACUACGCCUAAACCUACUACCACUACUACCCCAAAACCUACUACGACUACUCCUAAACCGACGCCCGCACCGGCCAAGCCCGCGCCGCCUAAACAAGAAGCUAAACCCAAGCAACCUGAAGUAAAAACGACUACACCCAAACCGGCAACUCAGAAGCCUGUUGAAACGAAACCUAAAGUAGACAAACCUACUCCAAAACCAGCUGAGAACAAAGCUAAAAAGGAGAAGAGUGGAUCUCCUAAAGUUCCUCAUGACAAAUCCACGCCUGAACAGAUCCCUAUCGAAGAGGAGAUUCCUUCAGACACGGCCAAGCCCAAUAAGGAAACGUUAAAGGUGAUAAAAAAGGGUGGUCCGACAGAGAUUCCUAAUCCUCAUUUGUAAGUAGUUUUAAAAAGGAGGUUAGUAGUUUAACUUAAAAUGUUCACCCACUUACUGUAAGUAAAACGUGUGAAAGUGGUUGUGGUCCGAGAAAGUUGAAAUUACGCUCUCACGAGUCCUCGUGAACAAAUUCGAUCAAAAAUUAUUUAUCUUAAUCAAAAUUAAGGGGACUCUAUUCAGUAAUUAUUUGGUUACAAAAUAUCAUUCCAAACGAUCUUUUAACAUAAGUGUAUUCUUUGUAGACUGAAGUUUUAUCUUGUCCAUUCCUUUAUAUUAACGAUAUUUAGUAUAGUAUUUUUAUUUUAUUUCCAUUAUUGGCAUAGAUACAAAUUAUUAUUGUGGUUUUUGGUGAAACAAGUGUAUUAUAGAAAAAAAAAACGAUAUAAAUUUAUUUAAAUGUGAUCUUCCUAGAAGUGUUAUUUGUUAGAGUUGGUAUACGUAUGGUAUGGUAAUAAUAAUUGUAUUAGCAUUUAGCACCAGUUUUUGUACACUGUUAUCACUUCACAUUUUAUUGCUUUGGAAUUUAUUAUGGAGUAAUGAGUAUUUUAAUUAUUUUCUAAGGGUUUUUCCUAUAUCUUAAUAGCGUUUAAUUUAAUUUUAACCAACUUUCCGGCUACCUUUUUUAUUUCCUCCUCCAAACUAAAUCUUCCUCUUAAACUUAAUGCCAUAGAUUUUCAAUUAUAAUUUCAAACGUUACAAUAUAUCAGUCAGUUACCAAUAACCAACAGUGCAAUAAGUACCUAUAGUGGGUAAGUAUGUUUUCGUCAAGACUGCGUGACAACCAGAAAGUCAUUUAUUAGUUGCAAACGCAAUGAUUACUAUUAUUAAUUUUUGUUGAGCAGUUAACAUUUUUAUAUUUAUUCCUCGGAAAUCGUAAUUUUUAGAAAGGGUACAAAAUUUUAAAUGUCUAAAUUACCGUUAUACCUUUUGCGUAUAAAAGAGACUGAAUUGUUCAGUUCAGAAUAUCUGACAUUUGUAUCUCAAAGAUUUUGUAAUGAAGCAAUAUUUAUAUGUAUACUUAAGUACCUAAUAAAUAUGUUUUUAUUAAAA